AUGAACGCUCAUACACUUAAAGAGAGCGACAUUAAUGACAUGAUUUUGGACCUCAUGAAGAACAAGAAGAGGGGUACCGUGGCGAGGAAGAAGAAAACGAAGAAAAGCCCCUCAAAGGGCAGCUUAACCAAGGAAGAAAUAAAGAGGUUGGGCGAGGAACAAAUGGAGAGGAAAAACAACAGACAUGGGCGGAAAAGGCUAUGUGUGCACUGUAAAGGUGCUGACCUGUUCAGCAAUGGCGUGGCCACGUUCAAACAACAAGAGCAAAUAUACAGGGACGAGGAGGCGCACACGCUGCAGUACAUAAGAGGCGAGGCUGCGAGCAAAGAGAAGGAGCUAAACGACUACUAUCUGUACUGCCAAAAGUUUAAAAAUGAAUACAAGACGAAUUUCAACGAAGUCCUGAAGCAGUCGGAGGAAAUGCGAAAGGAACUUUCGAACCUCCGCAGUGAGUACCUGGAUCUCAAGUUACUCCUAGAGGACCAAAGAAAAAUGGAGCUCAACGGCAUGUUCAAUUUUUACCAAAAAAAACUGCAGGACAUCAAAGCCCACUGCAUCAGCCAGACGUUCUGCGACGAAAAUUUGAAAAAUAUCGUCCACGAAAUUUUGAGGGUCAUCCAUUAG